AUGUAGAGAGAAUAUCUUAGAUUACUUCAAAUAAAUUUGCUAGAGAUUAAAUAUGAAUAUUAUGAAGAAAUCAUAGAUUAUUUCAGGACAAUAAAAAAAUCAGGAGAAAUGAGUGAGAGAGCAUUUAACUUAACAAGAUUCAUAAUUUUAAAAUUGUCAUCAAAUUAUAAUGCGUAUUUCAUUCGAAGAAAAUGUUUGAAAUAAUUGAACUUAGAUUUAACUUAAGAAAUAGAGUUUAUAAAUGAAGUUAAAAUUUCUAAUUAGAAAAUUUAUUAAUUUUGGUAAAAAACCAUUUCAUGUUAUUAAGGGAGCAUAGAAGAUCAACUAUAGAAUGGUUGCAAAGGAGAAAUUGAGUUUCUUUGUAAUAUUUUAGAGUAAGAUAAUAAGAAAUAUCAUGCAUGGUCAUAUAGAAUUUUAGUUGUAUGAAAAAUUUAAUUUAUAUUCUGAAGAGAUAAAGGAUGAUGAAGAUAUCGGUAAUAAUUCUGCUUGGAAUUACAGGUAUUUUCUAUUAAAUAAAAUACCAUUCGAUUUUAAAACAGAGUUAGAUACAUUAAAAAUGCUAUUAAACUAAAGAUGAUAAAUGAAGCCUCAUGGAAUUACUUGAGAGGAUGGUUUAAAAUGUUUAAUUCAAAAAUGAUAAAGAAAUCCUCAUUAGAAAUUCAUCCCAUAUAAUUUAAAAGGUUAUAAUUUGAUUGA